GUGGAAAUAAUAGAGAAAAUAUGUGUAAAUCAAUACUCAACUUUACAUGAAAAAAUGGACUGGACUCCCAAAAGUGCACCUGUUUCCAUGUAAUGCGCACAACACAACAACUCUGCAGAGCAUAAACAGAGCAAUGUGGCAACAGCAACAACAAAAUGCCACACCAAAACCAAGUUUCAAAACACAAUUUCCCCAUUUACAAUUCAUUCACCUUCAGAUUAUUAUUUUUCCCUUUUGGGUAUGACAUGUAACCAAAGCUUCCCUGAAACCUGUUCCUCAUGCAAACCCCUUACUCACCAUGUCACACGCACGUGUCACCACCCUGCAUCUCCACCGUUCUAUAAAACACCACACACUUCAUUCUAUAAUAUUCAUCACUCACUCACAUGUUCACACAACACAAUCCUCAAUAAUCUCCACUCUCGAAAUUAACCUUGUUUGAUUACUCUAAAAAAUGGCACAACCCCAACAACAAGUGCAUGUCCACACCACCGCAACACACCGCUAUGAAACCGGCGGUGCCAACCCGCCACAACGCUACGAAGCCGGCGGCAUCAAUUUCAACAACCAGCCACAACGCUACGGAGGAGGAGGAGGAGGUUUCAGUUCCCUCUUCCCGGAGAGAGGCCCCUCAGCCUCCCAAAUCAUUGCUGUCGCUGCCGGUGUCCCCAUCGGCGGAACGCUCCUCCUCCUCGCCGGAAUCUCCCUCAUCGCCAGCCUCAUUGGGCUGGCGGUAUUCACACCGCUCCUCAUCCUGUUCAGCCCGGUCAUAGUCCCUGCUGUCAUGACCAUUGGCCUUGCAGUGGCCGGGAUCUUGACAUCAGGGGCGUUCGGGCUGACCGGGUUGAUGUCAUUCUCGUGGCUGAUGAACUACAUUCGGGAGACGCGGGGGAUUGUGCCGGAGCAGCUAGAUUAUGCGAAGAACCGCAUGGCGGACAUGGCGGAUUACGUGGGGCAGAAGACUAAGGAGGUUGGACAUGACAUACAGACAAAGGCGCAUGAAGCCAAGAGGACACCAAUCACAACACAUGACACAAAAUGAUCAAUAGCGGCGGUUUGGGUUUUAUAUCAUGGUUAGAUUUAUAUAUAAUGUGGGGAAAAUAAAAUCAGUGGCACCAUGUUUGGUACUUUUGUAUGUAUGUACGUACUUUGGAGGAGUUUUUCGUCCUUUGUGUUGUGGGGGGUUUUCUUCGAUCUAUCUUGGCUUUGUGUUGUUGUUUGUUUGAUAGUUCUUGUGAAUGUGUGUUAAUUUGUAUUUGUUCCACUUGCAUUAAUUGUUCAAUUUCAUGUUUAAUAUAUAUAAUGUAAUGUAACCACACGCACAAUCACUUGCAUUACCCUGGUUUUUCUAUCAAUUCCAU